AUGGCUGUCCUGGCCAUAUUGUUUACAGAAAAGGGGAGGCAAACAUUGGGACAAGUGGCUGCUGGAUUUCAUGCUUUGCUCGCAGUAUUUGGAGUGGCGGUUGUACUUAUGGGCGUUUACUUAGGAUCCAAAAUCGAAGUCCGUAUUAAUAUCCUUGUGGAUUACGACCACUAUAAUUUACUUCCCCAUAUGCUCAUCUCAGUUGGUAGUAUAUUGAUAUUUCUGCAUAUCAUCGGCGCUAAAAUCUGCUAUGAUUGUGGCUUCUACGACACCCGCUCGAGAUUUGAGAGUGUCAUGGUCCUUUACAUGGUAAUCAUGCUCACCUUUCAAAUCAUUAUCAUAUCUGCGGGGUCCAUGUGCUUUAGUCACACGCAUAUGUUACGUCACUCAUUCAACCAUGGAAUAAUGAAAUCAUCGAAGAACUACAAGAAUAGUCUGCAAGUUAAAAGAACAAUUGAUACGUUAAAUUUAGAAUACAAGUGCUGCGGCGUUGGAAAUUACACUGAUUGGUUCAAGAUCUCUUGGAUCAAUAACGAAUUUCUCGAUCUCGAUUCUACACGAGUGCUAGAGAAAAUGAAGAAUAAUCAAUAUUACACGGACGAUGUACCAUUUAGUUGUUGUGAUCCGUCGUCUCCCAGGGCAUGUAUACAUCACGGCGUACACAGUUUCAACAGACACCCAAAUUACAACCAAACCGAGGUGACAUUGUACAAGAAAGGGUGCAGUAUACAAAUCAUGCUAUUCUUCGAAAGAAUUCUCUCUGGAUUUGGCGGUGGCCUCUUUUCAUCUUUAAUAGCUGAGUGGAUUGUGUUGAUUCUCAUGCGAUAUCUCCAAUCGUCCAUACUCAUGGCACGAGAGUGGGGCGAGGCCAAGUGUCGGUCGCCUGGUUACCUGUGUGCUCAGUGCCCCUGUGGUUGUUGCGACGGGGGUCACACCGAUCUCGAGAAACCAGAGAAUGUUGAAGUGGAAUCACCGUACGAUCAGAAAAUUGACCGCGAAGCAGAGAUUGGCAAUUCUGAUGACGAAGAUGGCGAAUUUGACGACUUUGGUUACGAUAAUGAUGAAGAUUAUGAUGGCUAUGAAAAUCCAAUGCAAAGAGAAUAUCCGAGAGGACCCUCUCAAGAUCAACAAGAUCAUCAACCCCAACAACAAGCGGAUGCGUACCCAGGGGACACGGGAGACACCGAUGGAGGUAUGUUUGGUGGAAUGGAAGAUAUGGGCGGAUGGGGUGCUGGAGGAGGAGGUGGGGGACGGGGAGCUGACCCCAAGCCUGACCAAGGUGGAGGUGGAGGUGGUGGUGGUGCGGAGGGUAAUGACCCACAAACAUCUGGACAAUCGAAAGACCAAAAACAAGCGGACAAACAAUCAAAGAAAGACCAAAAACAAGCGGACAAACAUGCAAAAAAAGACCAAAAACAAGCGGACAAACAAGCAAAGAAAGAGCAAAAACAAACGAGCAAACAAGAUAAGAAAGAGCAGAAACAAACAGAAAAACAAGCAAAGAAAGACAAAAAACAAACAGAUAAAAAUGCAAAGAAAGACAAAACACAGACAGACAAGCAGGCAAAGAAAGGUAAAAAACAAACAGACAACAAAGCAAAGAAAGGUAAAAAAUCGGGUGAUGCAAAAGCAAAGAAAGAAAAGAAAGGCAAAAAGAAGGGUGGCAAGACGGAUAAAAAAUCAAAGAAAGGGGCUAAGAAAUCAAAACCCAAGAAAGCAAAGAAACCCCAAAAAUCUAAAAAAGCAAAGAAACCUAAAAAACCGAAGAAAGCCAAGAAAAAGAAAGCCAAGAAAAGAAGGAAAAGGAAGUAACCGAGAUGUCGAACAAAAAUAUCAUAAUUUAAACAUUGUUUAACAUUAAUAAUGUACAGUAAUAAACAUAAAUACAUAUUCAAGUUAUGAUACAGUAUAAUUUAGUUUUAAAUUCUUUAUAAAGAUGGCAGCAAGAUGAGUUAUACCCAUUUUCAACAAGUCUUUUUAACAAGUUUUCAUGAUGUGCUGUGCAACAAUAAACAUCC